AUGGACCUGAUCGACUCGUUGAUUUUCGUAUUUAUCAUGCUGGCCAUAUCAGUGAUGGGUAUUUACUUCAGCCGACGGAAACAGACCAGGUCCAGUCAGGAUGCACUUAUUGGGUCCAAGUAAGUACAAAAUAAUUCAAAAAAUGGCAACGUUGCUAAAUAGUAAUUAUACAUCAUAGUAACAGUCAUGAAUUAUGAUAUACUUUUGGUUAUUUUCAAACCCCGUAAUUUUCAAAAAGGUUUUUUUAAUCUCGCACCGUGCGGUCAAAAAUCAUAAAUAUGCAGAUUAUAACAGUAAUUUUUCUUUUCAUAAUAUUUUUUUCAGUGUAUCAGUGCUAUCCAUAGCGCUCUCGGUGUGCUCAAGCUUCCUUUCGGCAGUCUCUUUGCUGGGCUUCCCGGCAGAGGUAAGUAUUUAAAAUAAUGUUUUCGUCCGUUAGAAUGUUCUAGUUUUCUUCAAAAAAAAGACGUUCUACGUUUCUGCGUAUUUUACCUUAAAAUUUUUAAAAAAGUUGAAGUUUGUUGGAGCAGAGUUGACCCAAAAUGUGUCAAGUGUUUCUUUCGAUGUUUAGACUUGAAAUCAUGCUUUUAAAUCGAAAAUAGAGUAGUGUGUGACAUCUGAAAAGAAUGUAUACGCAAAAAAAAAAUAAAAACGGAAAAUUCCGUAUGAGGGAAACACUUGACCCAAAAUCGAAAAUUCCUUGGCCAACAGCUCAGAAUUGAUGCUAUUUUUGUGUUUAUGGGUAGUAGAGUAUUAACAAGCCUUCAGUACUUUUAGUUUUUCAACAAGACCCCACUUUUUCACCGAGGGAGACACUUGACCCAGAAUUUUUUUUCCGUUGUUCGUCGAUUUUUUGCUUUGAAAUCGUCGAUGGCUUUUGUGAACGAGAAAAUAAAAAAUUUUUCCACUUCCAAAUAAUGAUAUUUUAGGUUUACUUCCGUGGCUCCACUCCCCUAUGGUUCAACGUCGUCUAUAUUAUUGCAUUUCCCAUUGUUGCCUACGUUUUCCUCCCAGUAUUUUAUCACUUACGACUCUCAAGCAUCUACGAAUAUCUGGAACGACGAUUCUCAUAUGCCUCACGGAUUCUCGCCUCCUCAACUUUCAUCCUCCAGACGAUCUUCUACUUGGCUGUUGCUUUAUAUGCGCCUUCGUUGGCGUUGGCUCAAGCUUUAAACUUCCCGAUUUUUCUCAGUAUUUUAAUUACUUCGUCGAUUUCCGCUGUCUACUUAUUGUUGGUAGGUUUCUGGAAAGGUGUUUUGGAAUUUAAGACUGCACGGUGCGGAAAAAAUAAAAUUUCAAAAACGUUGCUACAAAAUUCACAGAAAAAAUCAGGGUUUUUAUACAUCGUUGUAGACGUCGAUUAAAAAUUUUUCAUCGUUUUUUCAUUACGUUAAGUUAAUUUUGAAACACUUUUUUGACAUGUUGAAAAAUUCCGCACUGUGCAACAAAAAUUGAAUUGAAAAAAAGACGCAAAAAUUUCAUGGAAGUAAAAAUUCGGAGUUUCGUUUUUGUCACACAGUUUUUUGCUUACAAUUUAGUCGACCUGUAACUUUUUGCAACCCUCAAAAUUUCUAAUAAUAACUAUUUUUUCAAAAAUUGCACAGUGCAAUAACUUUUUUUGGUGCACAAUGAAAAAUGCGUCCCAAUUUGUUGCACUGUGCCUCAAUAUUUUCCAGACAAAAUUUGAUCGUUUUAAAAUACAAAUAAAAUUUAUUUGCAGGGUGGUGCUCGCGGCGGCAUCUACACCUCGGCUCUUCAAAUGGCGCUGAUUCUCAUAUCGCUUUUUACAAUCUGCUGUGCAAUCCUUUUCGAAUUCGAGCCGAUGGAAAUUUACACCAGGUCCAAGAAAGCCCUUAGGCUUGAGACGACAGACACUCGCUUCAAUCCUCAAGUUCGACAUUCAAUCUUUGCAUUUCUGAUCGGCGGAAGUGGGAAUAUUUUCAGCUUAUUCGCUGUGAAUCAUUUGACUCUGCAGCGGUAUAUGGUGAUGCCAACGCUACGGCAGGCGCAGAAGUAAGUUGAGUCUUUGACAAGUCUUGGGAUUUAGGGAACUUAUUUUAAAAGUCGCUGAGGCGAAUUUCGCGACAUACAAGCUUGCUUUGCACUGUGCAAUUUUCGGCAAUAGGCUUUUUCGGGCUGUCGCUCGCACCUUGAUUUUUUCUGCACAGUGCAAGCACCAAACAUCAGUCCGGCGACUUUCUGGAAGGACCAAAAGUCCGUUCGAAAAAUCGCUGGAGCGAAUUUUCGUGACAUGCACUGUGCAAAAAUAAAAUUUAUCUUGCACUGUGCAAUUUUUGGCUUUUUGCACCGUGCAAUAGGCUUUUCGGGCUAUCGCUUGCACCCUGCCUUUUGCACAGUGCAAGUCGCAAGAAUGACUCCAGCGACUUUGCGAACGGACCAGCGAUUUUUCAAAAAUGCGUAAAUUUUUUUCGUGAGCCGCACGGUGCACAAGUCCCUUUUUUGCGGGGUGCAUUUGACAUUUUGCACCGUGCAAGUCCAAUAUCGCAGCGACGCAAGCUUUUCUCAACGGAGUCUACGCACUUUCAGGAACGACUAGUCAUAGCUAGCGCCACCAAAAUAUUUCUAUUGGCCCCACCAUACAUUGCUUUUUUAGAGUGGUUCUCCUCAACAUUCCCAUGAACGCGUUGAUGGCGGUGAUGUACACCUUCAUGGGUCUGGCCAUGUACGCCGUCUACUACGAUUGUCAUCCGAAAGUCGGCGCGCCCGAUCAGAUGCUCCCGUUCUUUGUUGAGAACCAUCUGAAUUGGCUGGUCGGUCUCGAAGGCGUCUUUGUGGCGGCCGUUUAUUCAGCUGGAAUCAGCACGCUAACAGCGUCGUAUAACGCGUUAACGGCGGUUGUGUUAGAGGAUAUUGUUAAGACAAUGUGGCCAAAAGUGAAGAAAGAAGGCCAAAUUAUCAAUUCGGAGAUGCAUAUACGGAUCAUUCAGAUAUUGCGUAAGGACACUUUGAGGAUUAAAAACACGUUGUUUUUAGCCAUUUGUUUUAGUUGCAUUUAUCACUAUACGAUAUUGUGUCGCCAAUUUUUUCAGCUUUCGUUUUUGCCGCUGUUGCCACAAUUCUUGCCAUGGCAGUCAAGUCGCUGGACACGAUGGUCUUACAGGUAUGUUUGGUGAAAAUAAAUGUUGGGUGCGCUGACAAGCAAAGAUAUUAUAGUAACCGACAAAAGAAUGCUCAAAGUAUCUAAAUGCUCAGAUUUUGAUGAAAUUUGGCACAAAUUUUGACUAUUUUUUCUCUAAUUUUAAGGCACAUGCGCGAUUUCCAGCUCGCUCUUUGUAAAAACGACCGAGAUUUUAAUAUCGCAACUUGGAAAAGAUGUUACACUUUUUUACGAAUUUUGGCACGCAAAGUUUAAUGCCAUAUUUGCUUCCGCAGGGGGUAAUGUUUUUCACGAAAAAAUGCUUUUUUCAACACUAUCAAAAAUAAGGCCAAAAAAAUGUUUUUCCCUCGAAGCGCUUUCCGCAUUUCGUAAACUCUCUAGGUGGAAAAGAUCAUCAAAUCUCUUACAAUUAGCUUCGCUACAACGCGCAAACUAAAAUUUUUGGGAAUGGACAGAUUCCUUUCCAAUUUUUGACCCUAUGGCAUUCGCUAUAACUUAAUUUUUCAUAACAGCAAAUUGCAAAUUAAUUAUUAAUUCUUAGCAAGACGGAACUUCCUUUCUUUAAUUUCAAGAAAUUACAAAUUUUAUAAUUGUAGCCCUUAUGUUGUAAACACCCUGUUUACUAGUGAAUUAAGUUUUUCGUAUUUUCACCUGUUUCUUCUGCAACCCUCUAUGUAAUUUGUGUAGCGGCGUAAAGGUUAGCACGGCUGGAAAUGAAUAAUUAAUCUGGUGUUUGGCCUACUAGGAAGUUAUGCAAGAUUUUUCAAAUGCCUCUGACAUUUGGAGUUACGAAUAACAGGAUGUUUAAAGGCCAAGUGGAAAUAAAAAAAGAAAUACAUGGCCAUAAAAUGAGUGUGUAAAAGUGAUAGAAAAAUUCUGUACGCUGAACUCAAAAAGAUCAAGGCCUGUUUUUUUGCAUAUUAUAUAAUUUUUGCCUUUAGAUUGCCUUCUCAAUCUUCGGAGCAGCCGGCGGUGCCAUUUUGGCCGUCUUUGUAAUCGGCCUCUUCUGCCCCAAGAUCACAAAUCCAUAUGCGGCGUUGGUCGCUCAGGUCUGCACAUUGCUCGUCUCCAUUUGGGUGGCGGCCGGUUCGCUCGUCUAUAAUGUGGUCCCCGUCAAUUUGCCGCUCAGUGAUCAUUGCCGGAACAGCAGCAGUCCGCUGGAAUUCGAAUGGGAAGAACGGUUUGGGACAGUCAUGGCCAAUAAUGAGUAGGUUUUGGGUUUGAAGUUUUUGAUUUUUUUGUGAUUUUCGGAAAUGCAGUGAAACCUCUGUAUAACGAAUAGCCUUGGACCAAAAAAUUGAUUUGUUAUAAAGAAGUUUCAAUGUAAAAAAGUCCAAAGUUGACUCGUCGGGCCUCUGAAAUCGUUUUUAAACACAGGUUUCGUUGUACAGAGGCUUUACUUUAUUCAUCAGAAAAUGACUUUUUGCGAUAUUCGUUUUGAUAGCUGAAUCAAUUAAACCCAAUUUUCAGCUCUGGAAUCUGGCUGGAAGUCUCCAAGAUCUCGUAUCAAUAUUACUGCGUGGUAGCAGUAGUAGUCUGUGUAGUCGUUGGCCACAUCGCUCAGUUUACAUUCUACCUGGUUUCAGGCGAGUUUUGAGCAUUUUAGCCUGAAGGCAAAUCAAAAAAUAUCUAUUUUUUUCCCGAAAAAUCGCAAUCUUUUACUUGUUAUCAUACAAGUGAAGUUUUCACUCAUUUCCAUCUCAAAAAAUCGCCUUAAAUUUAUCAAUUUUCAGACUCCGCACCGGUCGAGUUGAACCGCAAUUUACUUGCCUUUGCACCUCGCGUUAAACCUCCGAACAUAAUAAUCGAAGCGCCCGAAUCUCAAUGCCUAAGCAAACACUGCAGCAUAAACGAAGAGGAGUGA